UCUCUCUCUCUCUCUCUCUCUCUAGUUUCCGCCAUUAUCGAAACUCCGACCCUUAUUCAAUUAGGGUUAGGGUUUUCUUAUUUUUUGGUUCUUCUAGAAUCUUUUAAACAAAUGUGAUUCUCCUCCUCCUCCUGAAACAGAAAAGAAAGGAACAAAGCCCCGCAAAAGAUGAGAUCUUCCUCUUCUUCGGGAGCGAUCAGCAUCGCUGCCAGCACGCAGAAGCUCGAUGUCGACAAUCGGAUCUCUCUUCGUUACUACUAUCGCAUCGCUGACAAUCUUCUCAAACAGGCUGACAUCUAUCGAGACGAGAAGAAUAUAAUAGAUCUGUAUAUUAUGCUUCUUCGCUUUUCAAGUUUGAUCACAGAAACUAUACCAUGCCAUCAUGACUACCAGGUGUCUUUAAAAAAAGAAAGGCUUUAUUUUAAGAAGAGAUUAUUGAAUGCCCUAAGCGAGCUGGAGACACUGAAGCCUGUUGUUCAAAGCCGCAUUGAGGAAUUGAACAGAAAGCAUAUAAAUCAAGUAGACGGACAUGACCAGGUUCACCAAAAUUUUGCCACCAAUUCUUCCUUGGAAUGGCCUCCUAUUAAAAAGCAAACUCCAACAAAUUAUGGAGUCAAACAGGUACACCAAUUUGUUGGACAAGAUGGUACAUCCCAGGGUCCAUGGAUUCAGCGAGAUAAGCUGUCACAGUUGCCAGCAGCAGAGGACCAAUUUCGCAAAUUAUCCCUAAGUAUCCCGCCUCCAAAGGAGGAGACAUUAUCGAGACACUCUAUUUUAGGUCCAAAUGGGCUUCGAGGGCAGUGGAAGCCGCCUACUAUCGAUAGAGGGGUCCAAUAUCCACGCAAUUUAGACUUAACUCCAAUAGAGAUCCCAAGCUUGGUUCAACCUGCCGAAGAUGGAGCUGAGGUUCUAAAAGCUGGUGAAAAAUCAGAGCCUGAAAGAUCUACAAUUGAAUCUGUCCUUUCCCUGGAUGAUGGUAGAUGGUCUGUCCAUGCCGAGCAACCUUCUUCAAUGGCUACCUCAAACAUUGUAGAAUCUCCUAUUCAGAUGGAUAUUAUCAGACAGCCUGCUCCUCCGCCUGUACUAGCAGAUAUACAAAAUUUGGUCCCUGUUACUUCAUCUGAAGCUUUCGAUUCAAUAAAUGGACCAGCAAAAUCCUUUCAGGAUGAGCUUAUCCACUCUGAAUCACCUCUGCAGUUGCACAUUUCAACUCAAAUGAUGGACAGCUUUAUGAGGCUGGCUAGGUCAAACACCGAAAGGAAUUUAGAAACCUGUGGCGUUCUUGCAGGCUCACUUAAAAACAGAAAAUUUAAUGUGACAGCUCUCAUCAUCCCAAAGCAGGAGUCAACAUCUGAUUCAUGUCAAACCAUGAACGAAGAGGAAAUUUUUGAUGUCCAGGAUAAGCAAUCUCUUUUCCCCCUAGGGUGGAUUCAUACGCAUCCUUCACAGUCUUGUUUCAUGUCAUCAAUUGAUCUACACACCCAUUAUUCCUAUCAGAUCAUGUUGCCGGAAGCCAUUGCGAUUGUUAUGGCACCGAAAGAUGCAUCAAGAACUCAUGGCAUUUUCUGACUAACGACUCCAGGCGGCAUGUCGAUCAUAAGGAAUUGCCAGCAACGUGGUUUCCAUCCUCAUGAUGAGCCACCCGAUGGCGAGCCUAUCUAUCACCACUGCUCUGAUGUUUAUAUGAAUCCCGGUCUCAAGUUUGAUAUCAUUGAUCUUCGAUGAGAAUGGUUCUCGUUCUAUGGGCAAUGCUCUCUCGUUUUAUUCACUAAAUCAUGUGUGAUGAUGGGACUCUAAUACAUAUAUAUUCAGUCAUUAGCACAUGAUAUGAUUUGUUUUGUAAAAGAAAAUCAAAUAUCAGUUUUGUGAGUAUCUGUACAUAGAGAUUGCCCAUAUAAACUGGAACUGCUGACGGCCUACCGGCUGUUCAAAACGAUGUAAUCACAAAUCAAUAAAAUGACACUUUUUGCUCCA